CCCCUCGUGUCUUUUAAUGGGAGAUAUCCGCUGCUCCUUGGGCUCGGUAAAAAAAACACACAUGUGAAGGCCAGCCGACGAGUUGGUGUGUUUGUCGAGUGAGUCAAAGAUCUUCUUCAGUCACGCUUCAGCCAUGGACCCGAAAUCAACGCUCGGCACCGCAGACAUCAAAAGCGCACUGCAGAAUUUUCUCAACACAAAAAACGACAUUGUGUUCGAUUACGAGGUUACCCGCGGAACCGAAAAGUUGCAGGGCUUCUUGUCGCUAAUCAGAAGGGCAAAGGUCACUUAUGUGGACGAGGAUGGUGCAAAGGGACAAGUGACUUUCAUCGUGAAGAUGCCGCCGGUGUCCGAAUUCCAGUCGCUGUACAUGGAAGGCUCUAAUUUCCACCAAAGAGAAUGCGACUAUUUCAAUGUGGUGGCGCCGAUUUUGGAGAAAAAUACUAGAGAUUAUCCCAUGGUAAAAUGCUACUUGGCAAAUGAAAGAGGCGUUAUUUUAGAAGAUCUAAGUCUGAGCGGGCACGAAAUCGUCUCAAAACCACUCACUGGCCAAAACUACUGCUCUCUGGAAUAUCCCCACAUAGAAAUGAUCUUUCAAGCUUUAGCCUCUUUCCACGCGGCUUCGGCAGGAACGGACUGGCUGAAACUUCUGCCCCUGCUCAACGAAGACGGACUUUUCGAGGGAUGUGGACGGAAAAUGAUGCACGCGCGGCUAAUGAACGGAAUUUCGUUUGUAAACGAAGUUUUAAAAGUGGAGUUUCCAGAGGCUUUUGAGAAGUACGGCAGCUGGCUGAGCUCGGGAGCGUUUUACGAAAAGAUCAUCGACAUCUGCAGACCGAGCAAAAAAUGGCAAAACUACCUGUGCCAUGGUGACCUCUGGGAAAAUAACGUCAUGUUCAAAUUCGACGAGGAUGGCAAGCCGAGUGGCCUAAAAAUGAUCGACCUUCAGCUGGUCAGGUACAGCCCAGUGUCAUUUGACCUGCAGUUCUUCUUGUAUCUCUGCACUGACAAACCGUUCAGGGACGCAAAUGAAGUGCCCCUGCUCGCCACCUACGUGGAAUUUUUCAAUCGCAACCUCCCCAAAUCGGAGCCCGAACUGACCCUGAAGAAACUCCUCGAGGAGUACGAGGAUUUCAGAUUGUUUGGCACCCUCUUUGCUGCCACGAUGCGUCCUCCCGUGUUCGUAGAGGGUUGGGUGGCGGAAAAUGAUGGCGAGAUGAAUGAAGAAGUGGUCUCCGCUUACAUCAACGGCACACCUGCCGAGACUUUGAUGGAUCAUUUCAGGGUGGACGAAAACUUCAGGUGGGCAGUGAUGCUCAUUGUGGAGGAACUGGUCAAUGAACUCGACAAAGUUCAAUUUUGAUUUUCUAUAGACAAGUGUAAAAUGUGUUUUAAAUCCAAAAUUUAAAUUAUAAUAACUUAAAAGUUUUGUGUUUUGCUUAUAGUUUAUGGCAAUAAAGUACAAAUUUAUUCGUCAAA